AUGAUAACUAAUAAUGUAUUGCUGAUUGAUGAUUAUAAACUUGAUCGAUUCUGUAUAAAUACUUGGUCAAAAAUUGCUCUAAAUAUUAAAUCUCUUAUUAUUGAAUCGGAAUCUAUGGAACGUAUUCUUCUUGCUGCUGAUUAUCCCAAUCUAGUUGUACUUAAAUUCUUCAAUUUCAAUAACAAAACUGCUUCAAAAUAUUUUACAGGUAAAACAUUCUUCUACUAAUAUGAACACAGAGUUUGAUAGACACGUUGUAUAUUCUACAUGGUAUUUAAUUAUUUCUCUUAAUUUAGUCAAGUCACCAUUUCACAAGAUAUUUGAAAAACAAAUUCGAGAUCUUAUGUACACAAAUAUAUAGUUAAAUUCUUCAAAAAUCUAAAACAUUUAUCUUUUACUAGAUCAUGUGUACUUUUAUCAUUUCGUAAUAUACCUUUGACAGCUUACUCUUCUUCUUCAACUAUUUACAAAUUAUCUAUUUGUGUAAAUCGUUU